UCGAAGGAAGGAGGAAGCGGUUAGCAAGGUGGCACAAAACAAGACAACUAGUACUGUUGUAUCUCAACCUUAUACGGCUUUAUUUAACCUCAGCAAGACCCGAGACAUGUAGUUCUACCACGACAAGAGAGUUAUGGGGCUGAAAGAGUCAAAACUUUGCUUCCUUCCUUACGAGGAAGCGAUAAAGCGAGUUACUGAUGAAGAAACGCAGAGACUUCGUCUGGCUUUUAAACGAACCUCGGGUGUCAAUGGAUUAAUGGGACAGCCUAUGUUUAUGAAAGAAGUCCUAGGAGAUUGUGUACCAGCGAAAGUAUCCGAGCAAAUUUAUUCAGCUUUUGGAGGAACAGCCAAAGGCAUUACCUUUGUAAACUUAUUAUCAGGAUUAGUAUUGUUGACCAGAGGUACAAGAGAAGAGAAAAUAAAAUUUAUUUUCAACGUGUAUUCCAGCGAUGCCAAUAGUGUGACAAAAGAAAGCCUUGGAAAUGUAAUUCUUGCAAGCGAAGGAACUGUCCCUGCUGUAGUGAGCGAAUGUUUUUCUCAGGUGGACAAGUUGACAUUUGAGGAGUUCUCGAAGUGGAUAUCCAGGAAUCAAGACAUCUCAUCCCUAACAACAUGGCUGCUCGUUGUCAGUAAUGGUUGUAGUGUGCAGUUGACUGACAAUAGUGAGGCACCUACAUUCUAUCAAACCUUGGCUACUGUUACUCAUUUACAUGAAGGGGACAUUAUAGAGUUGGAAAAGAAAUAUUGGAAUUUGAAAUCAUCUUCCAAGACUGGGAAGUUUGACUUGGAGACAUUUACAAAGUUGGUUUCACCUCCAAUACCAAGUGUGGUCUGUCCAGGUCUCUUCAAGGCAUUUGAUGAGAAUGGCGAUGGUCACAUAGACUUCAGAGAAAUGGCAUGCGGAAUAUCAUCAUGCUGUAGAGGAUCGAGUAAUGAACGACAUCAGUUUUGCUUCAAAGUAUUUGAUGCUGAUGGAGAUGGGCUGUUGUCCAAGGAAGAAAUAACAUUAUUGUGUCAAACUCUACUGGAAAUCAGACAGGACAGCUCUUCUGAUAAGGAUUCAAAGGUUCAGUCUUUGGAAAAAAAUCCAAGUCUAAUGGCAGAGGAAAUUUUGUCAAAUUGUGAAAAAGAGAAGGACGGUCAUAUAGAUCUGCAAGAUUACCAGAGAUGGGCCAGUGAACAUAGGUUUUCUUUGUUCUUCCCAAAGCUUUUGGUCCAGGUUUGUCACAUUAUAUUGGGACUAAAACCAUCAUCCACUGAAAUUGAACUGCAAGUUGUUAGAGGGUGGCUUGAGAGAGAAAACCAGGCAGGACUGAAGCCAGGCACUAUCUGGUAUCUGAUAUCUAUGUCUUGGUGGAGAACAUGGAAAGAAUAUGUCAACUAUCAGCCUACAAGGAGAUCUUCAACAGGGUCCAUGAAACGUAAUGGAAUGAUACCUUCUAAAGCCAACCAAGUGUCCUCUUCAUCAACCUCUUCUAGUCAAGCAUGGCCUGCUGACACCCUCCGUACAAAGACCAUUGGUCGAAGGGAGUCCCAUCCUAUGUAUGGUAAUACUGCAGUCUCCCCAGCCAAUGGAACAGCUAAUGGUUACUGUAUAGUGGGGAAUGAUGUGGUUAAUAAUGGGCCAGGACAGAUUGAUAAUACGUCGUUGAUUGAAACAGAAACCAGGAAGAUAACAGUAUUGACAGGAGAAGGUGGUAAGCUGAAGAGAACUGUACCCCUUAGUAGAGGAAGAGACUUUGAGAUUCUUCCUGAACCAGUAUGGAGGGCUUUACUCCAGUGGUAUGGCGGUGGACCAGCCCUUCCAAGGACUGUUAUCAUUCCAACUAAUGGAGACACAACACCAGAGCUUGAGCUGUUUCCCAUUAGUAUCAGAAUAUUCCGUCAUGCUCCGCCCCCUACCCGUGGCGGCAUCACCACCUGGACGGGAGUUGGCUUUGGACUCAGUACUUUUGGCUUCAGUUCCAACUCCAUGACUGCUAGUCAUGCACCUCCUAAGAAAUACUUGGCUUUCCUUGCUGCAUUCAGUCGCAUGAAUACCCUGCAACAGGUCCUUGAGUACACGAGUGGAAGACUAAGGAUACGGGCUGAGGACCUGAGACUUUGGAUCAUGGAAACUGAUAAUUCUUUAACACUACUGGAAGAUGAAGCAAAAACCCUAGAACAGCUUGGCAUCUCUGAUAACAUGGCUUUACUACUAGAAGUUCGUAAUAGAGACAUGAGCUGGCCUGAAGAAAUGUCAUCCCUAGCAACGAGUAAAAGCCUGAGGGAGAAGUUAAACCAUGAUCCUACCGAGAAAGGAGCAACAGGUUUGAGUAACCUUGGCAACACAUGCUUCAUGAACUCCGCCCUGCAGUGUCUCAGCAACACACAGCCAUUGACACAGUAUUUCAUUAAUCGCUGUCACUACUAUGAACUAAAUAGGGCUAAUCCGUUGGGUAUGAAAGGACAUAUUGCACGUCGUUAUGGUGAUCUUGUAGAGGAUCUUUGGAGUGGUAGUUCUAGAAGCCUUGCACCACUAAAACUAAGGUGGACAAUUGGACGUUAUGCGCCGAGAUUCAAUGGCUUUCAGCAACACGAUUCACAGGAAUUCCUUUCUUUCUUGUUGGAUGGACUUCAUGAAGAUCUCAACAGGGUCCACGACAAGCCGUACAUCGAGUUAAAGGAUAGCGAUGGCAGGCCCGAUGAAAUCGUGUCUCAAGAGGCCUGGGAUAAUCAUUUCAAGCGUAACCAGUCUAUUGUAGUGGAUUUGUUUCAAGGCCAGUUAAAGUCUCAAGUGCGGUGUUUAGAGUGUGGAUACGUCAGCUCAAGAUUCGAUCCAUUCACAUUCCUUUCUCUUCCUCUACCGAUGGACAACUCCAUCUACGUUGAAGUUGUUUUUGUACCUCUUGAGGGAGUUACUCCGACCAAGUAUGGGCUUCUUUUAGACAACGAUGAUAAAUACAAAGCUAUCAAGAAAGGAUUGUCAAAGUAUUGCAACAUCGACCCUAAGAAUCUGUUACUCGUUGAAGUCUAUGGCGCAACAGUCAAGAAUAUACCAGCCGAUACGAUCAAGAUUCGUACAGCCAUGGGAGGUUUUCUCUACGCCUACGAAAUCCCUUCACGAUCUACAAUCGACAACGAAAAUACUGAUAAAUCUAGAACUAAAAAUACCUUUACUUCAAUUCAAAAUACAAACAUCUCAGCUCCAGAAGAAAUGAGUUCGUGUACUCAAGAGGAAAUAACACCUAAACAAGAGGAUUCCACAGAAAAUAGUACCUCGAUAUCUGCAAUAGAAACUAACGGUAUUCAAAAUGGACAAAAUUCAAAAUCUAAUUCAAGCAAUUCGCUCCAUGUGGACGAAAAUUGGUUCAACGAGGAUGUGAAAAAGAAAAAAAGUUUGGGAAUCUUGCGCAAAAUUAGCCCCAAACCUAAAAAGAAAAUCAGCCCCAAAGCCAAUGGGUCAUACAGUUUUAAUAUGGCAAUUCGAAAAUCAUCAUCGUCAUCGUCUUCUGAUUCUUCCCAGAGUUCGGUCUCAAAUACUGAUUCGGGAAUCGUAUUGAAUAAUGGUCAAUCUCCUUGUAAUACUACAGCAUCUGGUAAUGGAUCUGAGGACAACUCCAGGUUGGGUAACCCUCAGAGAACUACCGCUGGUUCGUCACCGUCUCCUGCAUCGCAGUCUCGAGUGGGUUUCACUUUUAAUGGGUUUGCUGUGGCAAUACAUCGAAAAAUGAUAAGACUAGAUGCAUACUUCCUGUCCCAUCAAAAGAACUACCCCAGUCUAUUCGGUAUUCCUGUCAUCGUACCAUGCACGGCGCAUACAAAACAAAGUGAGCUGUACGAAGCAGUAUGGACUCGAGUAUCAAGAUUACUAAGCGCACCUGCUCCUGGAGAUAAGAACGCUAAAGAUGGUUCCAGUGGUGAUUACCCAUUCGAACUGCGCGCAGUCCAGAAAGAUGGCUUAACCUGUUCCUGGUGUCCAUGGUAUCGGUUCUGUAGAGGAUGUUUGAUCUCCUGUUCAGACCAGGAAUUUGGAAACACCACCUCCUACCUGGCCAUAGAAUGGGACCCUACAACACUUCACCUACGAUACCAGUCAUCUCAAGAGAAGAGUUUUAUUGAACAUGAGAGUCUGGAAAAGAGCCGAAAGCUACAGACUGAACCAAUAGACUUGUAUGAAUGUCUGACAGCAUUCACUAAGGAAGAGGAGUUGGGUGAAGAUGAGCUUUGGUACUGUAACAAGUGCAAAAAGCACAGACUUGCGGUCAAGAAGCUGGAAAUCUGGAGCUUGCCUCCCAUACUGGUUAUUCACCUCAAACGAUUCCAGUACGUCAAUGGUCACUGGGUCAAAUCCAACAAGAUCGUCAACUACCCAAAAGUAGGGUUCGACCCUUCCGCCUUCCUGGUCAAGCGAUUGGCAACCAGUCAUUCGUCGCUAAGGAGUGGCGAUACAACCGUUACCACGGUAACGGUCAAAAGUAGCGAAGAUGACGAAAAGGUUGCUGCAGGCAGCAAUCAGUCCAAAGCACAGGUCAGCUCUACAGAUACCUCAGAAACAGUCAGUAUAGGUAGCAGAGGGAACUCGUCAAGCUUCAACAGUUCAAGUCAAGUGGAUCUAACCCAGGCAAGCAGACACAGCUCUCGUACCUCGUCCACCUCCAGUAUCGGCUCAGCCAAGGUCCAUCCUAGUACGGGAAUCAUCUCACAUCCUCUGGAGUCGUCUGGGAAGUACAGUGAUGGGUCUAGUUUGAGGGAUGGUCUUGAAGAACGAUCAAAGAAAACUGACGAGGAGAGAGAAUUAGAUGAGAGUCGCAACAGAGCAUCGUCCAUGACCUUCAAUAUCCCUACGUAUAAGCUAUAUGCAAUGUCGUGCCAUUCUGGUGUCCUAGGGGGUGGUCAUUACAUUUCCUAUUCGAUUAACCCCAAUGGAAAAUGGUACUGCUACAAUGACAGUAGCUGCAAGGAAUGCGAAGCGACCAAAAUGCAGAGAGACUCACCCUACAUGUUAUUUUACGAACAAGAAAACCUUAAUACCGAAAAAUUCUUGCCGAAAUUUAAAGACCCAACGCCGGAGACGGCAAGCGAUGACGAAGAAUUCGAAAACGAUGUGAAGCGAAUGUGUUCAAUACAAUAAAUACACGCGAAUACAUAUUAUGGUAUAGCCACAGGUAGCCCACACGGACUACAGUUGGAAAUUACCAGAAGAAUUAAAAGAAGAAUACAAAAUCAAUAAGGAAUUGCUGGAUAUAAUUUAAUGUUACCAUGACAGCUAGAAUCACAACACGGCGGUAGCAAUACAGAAUUCAAUGGAAUGUAAAUACUAAUUAUUUACACGCAUCAGAGUGAAAUCACCCAAACUGGUUGUAAUAUUAUUCUAACCUUCAAUUUUGCCAAAAAAUUCCACAUCAUGUAACAUUAAUUCAAAAUACGGUUUUUUAUCAAAGGUGUCAUUAAACUUACCACGGUGGAUUCAA